AGUCUCCGUUUGGGUUCGGAUUAGGUGCAGGGUUCGUGGUCAGUCGGGACUGGUCGGGGGUCAGUUGGGGCAUGUCCGGGGAUUAGAGGGUUUGGAGUCAGUCAGGGCAGGUCGGCUCGGGGUCAGACUGGACAGGGUACAGGGUGAGGAUCCAGACCAGGAACUCCGCUUCGGGGUUGGUCGGUAGCCAGCGAUCCGGGUUACAACGCAAGCCACUGGCUCGCUCAGGGAGCGGGCUCAGAUCGGGCUCGGGGUUUGGGUCAUGGCUGGAGUCCCAGGUCACGGUUCAGGACAGAGACUCGGUUAGGCUUGUUUCGGGGCUCAGGUCGGACUCAGCUCGGGCCGGGUGAUUUCCGCAGCCGGAACGGGUGUGGUCUGGCCGCGGCGCAGCCCGGAGGGAUAAGGCGUGGGGACCGGCGCUACGCGCUCUGGGCAGCGGGCCGCAAAGGCAGCAGGCUGCGUGGCGCCGAGAUGGCGGCUUUCUCCGAGAUGGGUGUUAUGCCAGAGAUAGCUCAAGCUGUGGAGGAGAUGGACUGGCUUCUUCCCACAGAUAUUCAAGCUGAGUCUAUCCCAUUGAUUCUAGGAGGCGGUGAUGUGCUUAUGGCUGCAGAAACUGGGAGUGGAAAGACUGGUGCUUUCAGCAUCCCAGUUAUCCAGAUUGUUUAUGAAACCCUUAAGGACCAGCAGGAAGGCAAAAAGGGGAAAACUACUAUCAAAACUGGUGGGGCAGUACUCAACAAAUGGCAGAUGAACCCAUACGAUAGAGGAUCAGCUUUUGCAAUUGGAUCAGAUGGUCUGUGUUGCCAAAGCAGGGAGGUAAAGGAAUGGCAUGGAUGCAGAGCAACUAAAGGAGUGACUAAAGGAAAAUAUUAUUAUGAAGUAUCCUGUCAUGACCAGGGCUUGUGCAGAAUUGGGUGGGCCACUAUGCAGGCUUCAUUGGAUUUGGGCACUGACAAAUUUGGCUUUGGCUACGGUGGAACUGGAAAGAAGUCACAUAACAAACAGUUUGACAGUUAUGGUGAGGAAUUCACUAUGCAUGAUACAGUUGGGUGCUAUCUGGAUAUAGACAAGGGGCAAAUAAAGUUCUCCAAAAAUGGGAAAGACCUUGGCUUUGCAUUUGAAAUCCCACCACAUAUAAAGAGCCAAGCACUCUUUGCAGCCUGUGUUCUGAAAAAUGCUGAAUUGAAAUUCAAUUUUGGUGAAGAAGACUUUAAGUUUCCACCAAAGGAUGGAUUUAUUGCUCUUUGCAAAGCUCCUGAUGGAAAUGUUCUGAAAUCGCAGCACACAGGAAAUGCACAAGUGGCUCAAACAAAGAACCUUCCUAAUGCUCCAAAAGCAUUAAUUGUGGAACCAUCCAGAGAGUUAGCAGAACAAACUUUGAAUAACGUAAAACAAUUCAAGAAAUACGUUGAUAAUCCUAAAUUAAGGGAACUCCUAAUUAUUGGUGGUGUUGCUGCAAGAGAUCAACUUUCCAUUCUGGAAAAUGGUGUGGACAUAGUUGUGGGAACCCCUGGAAGGUUGGAUGACUUGGUGUCAACUGGAAAGCUUAGCUUAUCUCAAGUUAGAUUCCUGGUUCUUGAUGAAGCUGAUGGUCUUCUUCUCCAAGGUUAUUCAGACUUCAUAAACAGAAUCCACGGUCAAAUUCCUCAGAUAACUUCAGAUGGAAAAAGACUGCAGGUUAUUGUGUGUUCUGCAACUCUACAUUCUUUUGAUGUGAAGAAACUGUCUGAGAAGAUCAUGCAUUUCCCCACUUGGGUUGACUUAAAAGGAGAGGAUUCUGUCCCAGAAACUGUGCACCAUGUUGUUGUUCCUGUGAAUCCUAAAAAUGACAAACAAUGGGAAAGGCUUGGCAAGAAUCAUAUCAGGACUGAUGAGGUACAUGCAAAAGAUAAUACAAGGCCUGGUGUUAACAGUCCAGAAAUGUGGUCUGAAGCUAUUAAAAUACUGAAGGGAGAAUACGCUGUUCGAGCAAUUAAGGAACACAAGAUGGAUCAAGCAAUUAUUUUCUGCAGAACUAAAAUAGACUGUGAUAACAUGGAGCAGUACUUUAUGCAACAAGGAGGAGGCCCAGAUAGGAAAGGACAUCAGUUCUCAUGUGUCUGUCUGCAUGGUGACAGAAAACCUCAUGAAAGAAAACAAAAUUUGGAAAGAUUUAAGAAGGGAGAUGUCAGAUUCUUGAUCUGCACCGAUGUAGCUGCUAGAGGAAUUGAUAUCCAUGGUGUUCCUUAUGUUAUCAAUGUCACACUCCCUGAUGAAAAGCAAAACUACGUUCAUCGAAUUGGGAGAGUAGGCAGAGCUGAAAGAAUGGGUCUGGCGAUUUCCCUCGUGGCAACAGAAAAAGAGAAGGUGUGGUAUCACGUUUGUAGUAGCCGUGGAAAGGGUUGCUAUAAUACCAGGCUGAAGGAAGAUGGAGGUUGCACUAUAUGGUACAAUGAGAUGCAGUUGCUGGGUGAGAUUGAAGAGCACCUGAAUUGUACUAUUUCCCAAGUUGAGCCAGAUAUAAAAGUACCAGUGGAUGACUUCGAUGGGAAAGUUACAUAUGGACAAAGAAGGGCUGCAGGCGGUGGAACCUAUAAAGGCCAUGUGGAUAUUUUGGCACCUACAGUACAAGAGUUGGCUGCCCUUGAAAAGGAGGCUCAGACAUCUUUCUUACAUCUUGGCUACCUUCCUAACCAGCUGUUCAGAAUGUUUUGAUUGUGCCACACUUUAGGCAAGACUUGAAUAAUAAAAAAAAGCUCCACAUUGAAAAUACUAUAAUCUUGUGCUGCUUCUCAGCAGCAGUAUUUACUAUAACUCUAAAAAUAAGACCCUGUUCUUGCAUGUCAAGCAACCCUGUUCAAGAAUGUAGACUCCCAUGUUUUAGCUGUCUUAAAUGCUGACCUAAUAAAAGAGAACUAAUCUAAAA